UGAAAAGGAAAAACAAGCAUUCAGGGUAAGCAUCCCCGUAAAAAGCUUUAAUGGGCUAUGACAAAUCUUUGUCAGAAAAUACAAGAGAUUCUAAUUCACCGUUGAAAAGAAGAAUUUUUACUGAGAAAACAAACAACAAAUGGCGCGGUUUCUCACCAAAGUUUCUUCUUCUUCUCUAUUGCGCUCUUUAGCAGCAGCUGAACAGGAAUACAAAAAUGGAAUUUUUAUGUCAUUAUCAUCCCAAUUUUGCAACUUCUCCUCUAAAAGCCUCAGCUAAGCAGAAGUCCAAGUCUAAGUCUGGUUCAGGGAGUUUAACCAAGGAAGAUGCAGCACUGCAACCAGCGUUGUUUAAGUCGAAGUCUAAGACUAAAUCUAGUGCAGGGAGUUUACCUAAGGAAGAUAUCGCAUUGAAGCCAGCCUUGCCCAAGUCCAAGGCGAAGUCUAAGUCUGGUGCAGGGGAUCUAGCAAAGCAAGAUAUAGCAUUACGGCUAAGCUUGUCUAAGUCUAAGCCUAAGGCUAAGUCUGGUGCAGGGAAACUGCCGAAGGAAGAUAUAGCUUUGCAACAAGCUUUGGAUAAGAUAAGUGCCUCUUUUGGGAAAGGAGCUAUCAUGUGGCUAGGUAGGCAAGAUACUCCAAAGACUGUUCCUGUGGUGUCUACAGGGUCUUUUGCUUUGGAUAUGGCACUGGGCGUUGGUGGACUCCCAAAGGGGCGUGUAGUCGAAGUGUAUGGUCCAGAGGCUUCAGGAAAAACAACUCUUGCUCUUCAUGUAAUUGCUGAAGCCCAGAAGCAAGGAGGUGUUUGUGCUUUUUUUAAUGCUGGGCAUGCACUUGAUCUCGGACUAGCUGAGGCAAUUGGUGUCAAUACAACAAAUUUGCUUCUCUCGCAACCUGACAGUUGUGAGCAAGCUCUUAGUCUCGUGGACACCCUAGCCAGGAGUGGUUCCGUCAGGGUUGUUGUUGUGGACAGUGUUCCACCUGUUCUCCCAGAAGGUGAACUUGAUGGUGAGAUGAGGAAUCUAGACAUGGCCGUACAAGCAAGACUGAUGAGCCAGUUACUUAGGAGGUUGAGCCAUUCUUUAUCACUCUCUCAGACAAUUUUGAUAUUUAUUAACGAGGUCUCGUCGCAUCAAGAAGUUAGUUCACUGGGUACUGCAUUGAAGUUCUAUGCAUCUGUCCGGUUAAAUAUGAAAAAGAUUGGCCUUGUAAAAAAGGCAGAAGAUGUAAUGACUUGUAGCUGUUAUUUGAAUACAAAACAGUGCUUGAAUAACAAGAAUAGGCUGAACAGAACACCCAAGACAGUUUUCAGAUAAACCUGAAUAGAAACUUCGUUCUGUAGCUGAAGUCCCUUGUAUAAAGAAAAACCUACUUUUGUUUUUGCUAAUGUGAGUUUUAUGUCAUCAUGUUCUUGAAUAGACUGUUGGAAGCCAAGUACUUGUGAAUGUUGUGAAGAAUAAACAUGCUCCUCCGUUUAAGGCUGCCCGGUUUGAGCUUGAAUUUGGUAAGGGGAUAUCCCGCGAGGGGGAGCUUGUAGAGUUGGGCUGCAAACACGAGCUUGUUGCCAAAUCAGAAGAUGGUUUCUACAGUUUCAACGAUCAGAGCUUUCGUGGGAAAGAUGCUCUCAAGAACUAUUUAGCUCAGAACCUUCAAGUACUAGAAGAACUCACGGUAAAGCUACGGGAAAAGGUAUUGCAGACUGAUGCCAAAGAUGAAGAAGCAGCUGAGGCUUGAGAGGAGGUAGAUAUCUUGGUUGUAUCAGCAGAAAGCUUCAUUAUUGAGAUGGGCGAAGACAUGUCUGCCUUCAAAUUCAGAAUGGCUAGGGCCAGAAGCUUCAGUAAAGUUGCUAAGUUGAUAAGGUGGCUACAGACAUUAAGAACUUGGGAAUUGGGAUGUGGCCAGUAACAAUUUCUUUUCAGUGCGGAUGGGUACUUAUUUGUUCUGACUUGCUCAACUCACCUGUAUCUGUCACCUGUGGGUCUGACUCGUAUAAGCAUGAUCACUGUUAAUCUGAUUCUACCCUCUGACUUGAAAAAUAUGUUUAUGAUUUCGAGUCAGAUCAACUGCGCAAAUAUGAGAUACACUAGCCAGACUUCAUGUCAGAAGGCUCAAAUAUUAGAUAUAUCAGUCAGACUUCGAGUCGGAUGUCAUAAGCUGUAAAUAGUU